UCACUCCACACGGUAGGUGGCGUUAAAAACACGACGGUUAAACUGGUCCUUCACACCAGAAGGUGGCAGUAUUAGCUUUGGCUGUUAGCCGUUAUUCAAAAAGCCACCUCUCUUGUUUCACGUUGACUGUAAACAGCAGCUUACUUUGACUGUAGGCUGGUUUUCGAUUGUUUAUUUAAUUUAUCUAACUUAUUUAGCGAUGUGAACGAGUUUUGGGGAUAUGUCGCGGUCAGAAGGUUUUCGUUGGGAUUCGCGGAACAAGCUAGCGGCUAGCUAACAGCCGCACGUCCAUUUGCAACGGUUAAUUCCAAUUCAACUGAUGAACUUAGGACUUUGUAGUCAGUCAGUAACACACACAGAUGACUGAAUUUAAUGAACACUAUGAUUAAGUGUUUGCCUAAAGAGGUUCAAGGGAAACUUCGCUCCGGUGUCGCCAUUCCCUCACUUCAACAAUGCGUAGAGGAGCUCAUCCUAAACAGUAUCGAUGCCGGGGCGACGUGUGUGGGAGUCCGGAUGGACAUGGAGGCGUUCAAACUUCAGGUAAUCGACAACGGUGCUGGCAUAAACGCUGAGGAUAUGGAGUGUGUGGGAAACAGAUACUAUACCAGCAAAUGCAACUCACUUGAAGACCUGGACAACCUCAGGUUUUAUGGUUUCAGAGGAGAAGCCAUAGCAAGUAUAGUUUCUCUAGCCACGCUUGUUGAAAUCUCAUCCCGGACCAAAUCAUCAGUGAAAACGCUCAGCAGGAUCUUCAAAGAUGGCAAGGGCUUGGAUGUCUUUGAAGCAGAGACUACUCGGCCCUCUGCAGGGACGACUGUUGUCAUUUGUAACUUCUUCCACAACAUGCCGGUCCGUAGAAAGAGGAUGGAUGCUGUCCUGGAGGGUGAGAGGAUCAGACACAGAGUGGAGGCCAUAUCUCUGAUGCAUCCCUCUGUGUCCUUUACCCUGAAGAAUGACUGCACAGGAGCCAUGAUGGUGCAGCUCUCUAAAGCCAGAAACACUUACCACAGGUUUAUUCAGAUACACAGCCUCGGGCGAGCACAGAAACUGGGAGAAAUCAGCUACAGCCUUGGACCGUUUGAAGUGAUUGGCUACAUUGGCAGAGAAGGCCACUACAACAACAGCUUACAGUUCCUGUAUGUAAACGACAGACUGGUCCUAAAGACACGGAUACACAAGCUGCUGAACUUUCUUUUACGCCGACUGAGCAGUUCAAAUCAGAAAAAUGAGAGUCCGGAUGGGCAGUCUGCCAUUAGGAGUCCAAAGCAGAAACGCAGCCAAGAGCAGCAUGGAAUAUACAUCAUUAAUAUUAAAUGUUCUUACUCAGAAUAUGACAUUUGUCUUGAGCCUGCCAAAACUCUAAUAGAGUUCAAAGAUUGGGACGGGAUUUUACUCUGCAUUGAGGAGACAGUGAAAGUGUUCCUGAGCAGGGAGAACUUGGUGGCUGUGCUCUCUCAAGAUGACUCGGAUUGUGAAUCUCCAAAAUUGUUUGGCACUGACAGCGCAGACCAAGAAGGGAACAAAAGUGACAUAGGCAUCCAAGCAGCUAUCAGUACUUCCACACUGGAUUGCAGCAUUGGAAUGACAUUGGCAUCUGAAUCUGUUCAUCGUAAACGCAAGGAUCCCAUUGUUUCUGAGGACAGUGUUUGUCUGGAGUCUGCACAGAUGGAAUGUAAAGAAGACAAUGAGGAACAACUAGGGCAGAAAAGGAUAACUGCAAACGAUAUAGAAAACAUUCAAAGUGAAGGAUUCACAGGCAAAGAAAGUAGAAAUGAACCACAGUGUGAUCUGACUGUACUGGAAUCUUCAUCUGAUAAUGAUUUUACUGUAGAAGAGGAGCCAACAUUAAGUGAAGCUGGGAAAGAUUCUCAAAUUUUAUGUAUGUCAAAUUCAGUCAGACAACGAGAAGGUGAACAAGAGGAACUUUCAGAAGGAAGAGAGAUAAAAUUAAACCAUACUGCUUUAACCAACAAUGUAAAUUCUCUCAACAAUGUCACUCAGGAAAUUCUGCUGGAUUCAGACAGUACUAAGCAACUUCUGCUUGACUGCCAGAGUACAGGACAACAUGGACAGACACUAAUAAGUAACAGAAAGAUAAGUCUGUCCAAUCCAUACAUACAUGAAAGUCUGCAGACUCAGGACCUGCCCCAGAUUAAAAGGCCCGCAUUUCAACAACAGGAUCUAGCAGUGAAAUGUGGAGAAAGUUCCUUUGCAUCAAAACGCAAAAUUUCACUUGAUGCAGACCACAACAGAUCUUAUCAGAAAGUAUUCAAAGACUCUGCUCCUGUUAUCCCCUCAAAGAUUCCCAAAAUAAUAUCUGAUGAAAAAAUGUCUUUAUGUAAGGAGUCCGGAUCUCUUGACAAGUUUAGGAGAAUAUAUGGAAAAUGUGAUCAACCCUCUCCAGAAACUUGCUUACAGAACAAUGCUAGACUUCCUCAGACAGACAACUUUGUUUUGAAUCCCCAGAAUUUGUUGGUUUCAAAGAAAGAUGGACAACAGUGUGAUGUUACAGAGACAAAAAAAGAGGCACAGAGUAGCUUGCGAAGCCCGCCAACCCUCUCAGCUUUCACCCGGCUGAAACAAGCCUCGGGUCAGAUUGGAGGCAAAAAAUCUUUGGCGUCUAAACUCUGCCGUUUGAGUCAACACAGGACAGUAGAUGUAAGGACAUUACCACACCUGUCCAGGUCUACCUCUCAGGACAACACCUGUCUCAGUAGUAAUGACAGUAUUCAAGACAGCAACAACAAUGCCUGUGACGCCGCACUGAACACUGAGCCAGUUCCAGACGACAAUUCAAAACCUCAGGAAGCCGAGAGGGAAGAGGCUACAACAUCAGGUGACUGGGUUCAUCACUAUGACGAAUCAGUGGGAAAGACAGUUUACGUCAACAAAGAGACCGGGCUCAGUAGAUAUGAUGACCCACCAAUGGAAGAAACACAAGUCCUCUGUACAUCUGAUGUCACCAAUAUGGCAGUUAGUGUCAUCUCGGAAAUUGGGAUGGAAUACAGGUGUUACCCAUUUCAGGUGGAUCUAGUGUUGCCCUUCCUGCCUAAAUCCAGAGCUGAAAGGGUGAUUAGUUCAGGGCCUGGUGACAGAGGUGAUGGUGAUGGUGAUGAGAGCUCCAACUCACUUUCCUCAUUAUACUCCAAAUGGAAUAAUCCCGUGUUUGUCCAUCCUCCUAUGGUUGGUGUGGACAUAUCAAGUGGGCAAGCUGACGGACUGGCUGUAAAGAUCCACAACAUCCUGUUUCCAUACCGCUUCUCUAAGGCCAUGAUUCACUCAAUGAAGGUCAUUCAUCAAGUGGAUAAGAAGUUUCUUGCAUGUCUUAUCAAUACAAGAGAUGAAGAGUCUGCAGCACACACUGAAACUGAAGGGAAUCUUCUGGUGCUGUUGGACCAACACGCUGCACAUGAGAGAGUUCGGCUUGAAAAUCUAGUAGCAGAUUCCUAUGAAGAUGACCCAGAUGCACCGGGGCAGAGACGUCUGUGUUCAUCAACCAUUUUUCCACCUCUUGAGAUCAGUGUAACAGAGGAGGAGCUAAGGCUGCUCAGGUCUUGUCAGGCACAUUUGCAGAGUUUGGGCCUUGAAGUGAAGUUCUCACAGGCGGCAGAACCACAAGUGCUCGUAGGGAAGGUCCCACUGUGCUUCGUGGAAAAGGAGAGUAAUGAGCUCAGGCGGGGAAGAACAUCUGUUAUCAAACCUAUUGUUGAGGAGUAUCUCCGAGAGCAGAUUGAGUUACUGUGUUCAGCUGGUCGAGUGAGAGGAACUCUGCCUCUCACUGUGCUCAAAGUGCUUGCCUCCCUAGCAUGCCACGGGGCGAUCAAAUUCAAUGACAGCCUGAACAGAGAUGAGUGCUGCAGCUUGGUAGCGUCCUUGUCUUCCUGCCAGCUGCCCUUCCAGUGCGCCCAUGGCCGUCCAUCCAUCGCUCCCCUCGUAGAUAUCCUCCAUUUGGACACAAACCAGAAGGAAUUACAGAAACCCAACCUCCGAAAACUGAGAAGAAUGUAUAAAGCAUGGGAACUAUAUGGAAAUAGAUAAGUGGAUGAGUCAGUUUGAGAGUUUGAGUCAACAGUCACUGCUGCUGAUUUAAUCGAAGUGGAAUCACACAGAUCAGAAAACUGCUGCAACUCUGUAUUCAAACCCUCAACCAUGUUCGUCUCCACACGGCAAACAGCAGGUGACAUCACAUAUACUGUACGGAUGCUGUGAAAACACGAACAUGUUAAACUAUUUAAACACAUGGGGAGCAGUGCAGCUGCAGCUUUCUGC